AUGUCUGGUAGCAAGGUGUCCGAGGCAUCUCGCGAACGAGAGACAUUCAAAUAUGAUUCGGUCCUGAUCGCUAACUCAAUCCCCAAUGAUGUCGAAAAUCCCAUUCCCCCCUCUUCUUUGCGGUCAUGCUCGGAUCCCGCAAUGACAGCUUUGGCUCAGGUGGCUCUGUUGAAGCUUGGUGCCUCCCAUGCCAUGGUGUCUUUGUUCGAUUGCCAACACCAGUAUAUCAUCGCAGAGGCAACUCCUUCACUGCGCAUAUCCGCCCAUGCCAGCCCCGCUAGCUCUGGGUCCGACACCCUCUGGCUUUGUGGCACCGCGAUUCCCCGGGACUUUGGGAUCUGCGACAACGUAUUGGUUAAUAUAGAGCAUGAUGACUUGGGACAAGCGUCCCCGUCAUCCGAGCUCCCUAUCAAGGUCAUAAGCGACGUCUCUACUCACGACAAGUUCCGACAUACCUGGUACUGUCAGCAACGACCUGAGCAUCGCUUUUAUGCUGCGGUCCCCAUAAGAACUCGACGUGGAAUCAACAUUGGCAUGUUCUGCAUCCUAGAUAACAAGCCACGAGAGAGUUUAGAUGAAACGUCCAUUCAAGUCAUGCGAGAUACUUCGUGGUCUAUCCUGGGGCAGCUGGAACUGAGUCGAUCUGGGGGUGGUCGCCGCCCUGGAGAACGCAUGGUACGUGGCUUGGGGAGCUAUGUUGAAGGGAAAACCACCAUGUCCGGUUGGCAAUCCAGUUUCGCACAUGACUUUGAUCCUGACACGGGGACGGAAGAAGGCAGCCUCAAUAAAAACCAGCAAAACCUACAAGCCCAGCAAGAACACGCCGCAGAUGUUGCUAGUGGGGAACAGAGUCCAGAUGGUAAUACCUUCGUCCUUGAAAGCCCAUAUCUGGAACGGCCGUCAAGCUCUUUCAACUCGCAGAAAGAGACCCCUCGACCGCUGGAUACAGGGGAGGAGUCGCGACAGCAGCAGCUAAAUAAGAUUUUCUCCAAGGCCGCUAAUAUUAUAAGGGAGUCGAUAGAAGUUGAAGGGGUGGUUUUUCUAGAUGCAGGCAUCGGUUCUUUUGCGGGCAAGGUCCGGUCUGGCUCUAUACGACGUGAAUCGCAGACACAAGGACGCUCCUCGUCAUCGUCAUCUUCGCCUUCUUCCUCGACCGACCGAGGCCAUGCUUCGAUCUCUUCCCCCGUGGGCUCCGGGGAUCCCCAAAUGAAGGGAGCCAUAUGCCCUGUGCUCGGAUUCUCAACUUCCAUGUCCUCCAGCAUCAACGGCGAACCACCUUCAGCGCGCAGUCGAAGUAUCCCCGAACGACAGCUCCAAAAACUACUUCGCCGUUAUCCAAAAGGCAAAAUUUUUAACUUCGAUAGUCAGGGAGUCAUGGCCUCGAGCGAUACAACUAGUGAAGAUUCAGCGAUGGCCGCUUUCCAAGCUCGAAAGGUCCAAGAUCUGCAAGAAGAACAAAGCGGCACAACCCGAAAAUCUAGGAAAGUAAACGAUCCAUAUUCGCGACGAAAUGAAGGCCUGGCCAUCCGUGAUCUCUUUCCUGGUGCACGCAGCGUCGCGUUCCUACCACUCUGGGACUCUCAUCGGCAGCGCUGGUUCUCUGGGUGUUUUGUUUAUACCAUGACUCCGACUCGUAUCUUCACUGUUCGUGGGGAACUUAGCUUUUUGACAGCCUUCAAUACAGUGGUCAUGGCUGACGUGAUCAUAAUGGAAAGCGCUAUUGUUUCCAUGGCUACAACCUCUCUGCUUAGUUCGCUUUCGCAUGAGCUCCGAUCGCCACUUCACGGCAUCGUGCUAUGCGCGGAGCUUUUGCGUGACACCUCCCUGGACGUUUUCCAAGGAGACUUACUACGCUCACUUGAGGUCUGCGGCCGAACACUGUUGGACACCAUUAACCACCUGCUUGAUUGGACGGGAAUCAAUAACUUUGUCAAGGGGCCUCAUGAGCAAAAGUCCAACUUGGGCCAUGAUCCGGGUCGAGGGUCUCAAUCUGGUCGAAAAAGAUCACCACUUGACGGUAUGCUGCAUCUUACUUCAAAUGUAGAUGUCGAUAUGCUGGUGGAGGACGUCGUUGAAUGCAUUCAUGCAGGUCAUACCUACCAGCAACAAUCUGCGUCGCUUGUUCGCAGCCACAAUUCCGGCGAAGAUGACAAUCGUGAUCCUUACGUCCGACUUGAUGGUAUGGACAUUGCGGAUGACAUAAAGGUAGGGGAACAUAAGAUAAGCAGCGGUGUCGGACCUGGUACGGUUCUCGUGAUCUUAGAUGUUGAUCCGGCUGUAGACUGGGCGUUUCAUGUCGAGUCGGGUGCUCUACGACGAAUAAUCAUGAAUCUUUGUGGAAACUCCUUGAAGUACACCACUGAUGGAUUUGUUAAAGUCGUCGCGUACCAAGACCCUCCAAGUCAAGGAAGGCCGAGAGAAAGAGUUGUUCAUAUUGAUGUGAUCGACACUGGAGCUGGCAUCGGACAAGAUUAUCUAUCCCAUCGCGUAUUCUCACCGUUUGCCCAAGAGAAUAUUCACGCUUCAGGCGCCGGGCUUGGGCUCAGCCUUGUUCGGAAGUUUGUGAGAGCACUCGGUGGUUCCAUACAGAUCCAAAGCAAGUUAGGUAAAGGAACCCGUGUUGCUGUGAAGCUUCCGCUACAGCUUGCCAGCCUCGAGUCAACUGAAACAGCUUCUGACCGGGAUGAAUUCGAUUCUCAGGCUAUAGAGCUGUCAGGCCUACGUGUAUGUAUCAGUGGCUUUUUAUCUUCCGGAAGCAGUUCGACCAACCAACGCUGGACUCCAGGGGAGUUCGAUGAACACUCUCUACUAGAGAAGGUCUGUCGCAACUGGUUGAAGAUGCAAAUUGUCGGCACCUCUAGCAACACCACCUUUCUUCCCGACCUUAUUCUCUGCGACGAGUAUCAUCUCGAAUCAAUAGCAAAUCAGCCCAGAGAUGAGUUGUCGUCCCCAGUGGUCGUGGUGUGUCGUAGCGCUGCAGUUGCUCGACAGCUUGACCAAUCCCAUAGGUCACGCCGAAAGGUCAACUGGGGACUAUUUAGUUUUAUAUCGCGCCCUGUUGGCCCAAGGAAACUUGCCAAGGCCUUUGUUCUUUGCUUCCGGCGCUGGACCAAGUUACAAUCAACCGCUGCUGACCGUGCGAGCGUCUCAACAAUAUUCGAUCUACCAACGUUUGAGCCGGAGUCGGCUCAAGGAAGACCUGGUGUUAAGAGUGGUGGCUACUUCGAAAUUGCUCCACCACUGUCCCCUAAAAAGAAAAGGGCGCGGUCAGAUGAUGUUGAUGGGCGGACUCCGUGGCCAGAAGCGCCAACAGUACGAUCAACGCUUCCGACUCAACCACAAAAGUCCGAAUUCCUUCUUGUUGAAGACAAUGUAAUCAACAUGAAGAUACUGCAGACAUAUAUGAAGAAACUAGGACUGGGGUAUGAUACAGCAUCCAAUGGUCUUCUAGCCUUGGAAUCUUACAAAGCCCAAGAAGGGUGUUACAAAUGCAUUUUGAUGGACAUUUCGAUGCCGGUCAUGGACGGGUUCGAAGCUACGCGGCUGAUUCGUGGGUUUGAGAAAGAUUCGAAUUUGCCCCGAAGCCAAAUAGUAGCUAUCUCUGGCCUCGCGUCAAAGGAUGCACAGGAGGAUGCAUUUGCCAAUGGACUGGAUUUGUUUCUUUCUAAGCCAGUGCAGCUCAAGGAGCUCAGUCGAAUACUCAAGAACCGGAAACUCAUUUGA